AAGUUCCGGACGUGAGGGUAUUGCUGAACUUGGGUGCCAACCUGUUCGUGCGGGGCAAGCAUGAUCUGCGGGCCAAGGAUUGGUGCGCCAAUGAGGCCAACAGUCCGUGCUGGAAACUCAUGGAUCUUUGCUACGAGCAACACUGCAAUCAACCUUCGCAGUUUCGAUUAGAGUCCUCCCUGCUAUGGUUAUAUCAAAGGAUCCACAAUCCCUACUCGAUAGACCACCAGAUGGUGGUACUCGUGGUACUGCCAGAAUUUACCGAUGUCCUCGGGUGCUACAAACCGCCGCAGGAACAAGCAUUCGUGUUCUGCCACAGCCAGCUGACGGAGGACGAAAUUGUGUUGAAGUUUGCCAGGAUCGGCGAUUGCAUUUUUCAGGUUAUCCUCUUGGAGGAUCGUCUUUUCGAAGUUCUACCUACCUUGGAUACUGUCGACUACGUAAUCGAUACGGGGUUGAGCACCUUCCGGGACUACAAUGUAUCGAAAAAUUCGCACUCCAUUGCGUCCACAUUCAUACCACUGGAAACGGCUUCGCUUCGGAGUGGACUCGCAAAACGGAUUUGCUUCCAUCUGUACACGUGCGAGCAGCAAAACCGGAUGCAACGCGCUCAUCGACGCACCGGACGAUCGCUCGAGCUUCUAGUGAAGAUCGGUGCAAUCACCGCGGUGGAUCUGGCCCCUACCAACCUGGGACUGUUGGUGGCUAACCUGUGCUCCAGUGUGCAGCUCGGUAAAACCAUUCUAUACGGCAUCUUGUUUCGGUGUCUCGAUCCGGUACUGACGAUAGUGGCCAGUCUUUGCGUGGGCAUUAGUCCGUUCCUUGAGCCGGCGGAUAAGGUGCAACUUAAAGCGAUCGCCGGGAUCAAGAAGGGUCUCGACCACGGCACGCAAAGCGAUUGCUUCGUGCUGCUCCGUCUGUUUUUGCUCUGGAACACGGCCAAACUGGACGAUGAGGCUAUGGUAAGGCAGUAUCUUUUGAAGUGUGGAGCCAUGCAGGAUGCAGGAGGCCAUCAACAACACGCGUGUCAUGCUGACAUCGACAUCGUCAAGGUGGGCGCCGGAACGAACGUCAACGUACUGAACGAAAAUUCGGCAAAUUGGAGCACGGUAAAGGCUUGCCUUGCCGCGGGUUUAUAUCCGAACGUGGCAAGGGUGGACUACGCGAAGAAAUGCCUAGUCUGCUGUGUACGUGUACAAGUUUGA